AUGUCCACAUCACCAGACACCAGUAAUCCGGUCUAUUUCUGGAAGCCAGAAGGCGAGACCGGAUAUUUAGGACAAUGGUGGCCAUCUUCAUUUUCAUGGGAACACGGCGGCGAGACAUUCAACUAUGCCAAUGCAGAGCAAUAUAUGAUGCAUCGCAAAGCUCUCCUAUUUGCUGGGCCAGACCAUCGAAUUAGCCAAGAGAUCCAGCAAGGCUGGAAGAUACAUCCGAGGGAGAUUCGUAACCUAGGUCGAAAGAUCCCCAACUUCGCAGACAAAAAGUGGAAGGCGAAUCGAUUCAUGAUUGUUGCCGAGGGAAGUUAUCUCAAAUUCUCACAAAAUGAUUAUCUCAAAGAGAAUCUGCUUGCUACUGGCGAUCGUGAGUUGGUGGAGGCUAGUCCUCGAGAUCGGAUUUGGGGCGUGGGGUUUGAAGCAGCAAAUGCAGAGGCGAAUCGUGGUAAAUGGGGAUUAAAUUUGUUAGGUCAGGCGCUGAUGAAGACUAGGGAGAGGCUGUUGGAAGAGGAAGGAAAGAAUUAA